CAAAAAUCCAAACUUUAACUGUUUCUCAAUGUUAAGUUCCAAUUUUUUUUAUCUGGGUAUUGUUAAAUUUGUGUUCUUGAGUUAAGUAAGUUCUGAUUUAUGCAUCAGAACUGUGUGUGAGUUGUUGCAAUUUUUUUAAAAGUACAUUUUUUUUUGGUGUGUGUGCUUUUUGUUUACGAUCCUCCUGUGAUAAUAUUUUACGGCUCACGUAUUGUGUGUGACUCUGCUGCAUUCAGCAUUUAAUGUUCUGCUCAACGAGUUUACCUUAAAAUGAGGGCACACAAAUCUCUGUUUUGUUUUUCUUUGUUAAACCAAUCACUAAUUUGGAAUCUGUAAUUUGUCUGAGUGUUAUUAAUCUCAAUAGACUCAGAAGUUUGUAGUUAAGAAGGUAUUGAUGUAAGAUGUCUCCAUCACCAUUUAUUGCAAUUUUUUGUUCUUACCUUUCCUCUUUGACUUUCUCCCAUAUUGUUUCUCUGUGUAAAUCAAACAAAUGUUUUUGCACCUCUAGAGAAAGGAAGAUAAGAGGCUCAAUUUGGAUUUUUCUUGGUUUACUAUUCACUUCCCUUUUUGUUCUUACUUGUUGUGUGACUGACUCAUGAGAUGAUCUUAAAUGAUUGGGAGACACAAGAGAGGCCUUUGUGUAGUUGAUAUUUAAUUCCUUCCUCUCUUGUAAUAACUAACUUUCUAUCCUAUCACAAACAACAAACAGUAGGAUGGCUUAAAAGUUUCACCUUUUUUCUUCAAAUCAUAUGUGCAUAUUCUGCAACAUUCAAGAAGCUUCUUGGGAAAUCGAGUUGUUCCAAUGGAAAUCUCAAGGUGAUCUUUAAUGAUUUCCCUGGUGGAGCGCAAAGUUUUGAGCUUGUAUCGAGAUUUUGCUACAGUAACGGUCGAUUAGCUGUGAUGCCCUCGAAUGUAGUCCUUAUGCAUUGUGCUGCUAAGUUUAUGGAAGUCUCUAAAGUCUUGGAACAAACAGAGAAGUGUAUGGAAGAGGUUCGGUAUUGGUCUUGGCCAGAGAUUCUUCUCAGUCUGAAACAGUGUCAAGAAGUUGAAACAUCGCCUGAAGCUGAGUCAUUAGCUGCGAAACUGAUGGAUGCGCUAGUGGAGAAACUGUGUUUAACUGUUGAAAUGAGUCCUUCUAGUGCUGCUUCUGCUUGUUCACCGGAUAGCAGCUUGUUUCGGUUCUCUUGUGACAGUAAAAGCACAGAGAGUUUCAAGAAUAGCUCUGUUCGGUUAAUGUGGUGGUUUGAUGAGGUUCUUGUUUUAAGUCCUGGUUUGGUUGAAAUGUUCUUGAAGCUGUUGGUCUCACGGAAAUUCGAUAAUCUCAUCAUAAGUAGGUUCUUGUUCUAUUACCAGAAGGUCAAGUUUUGCUCUGCAUCUUCUCAUGAGAAAAGAAAGAUUCUUGAAACCAUCAUUGCUACUCUUUGCGUCUUAGAUCAAAGCUGUAUACCUUGCAAGGGCCUCUUCGGAUUUUUGAGGCUUGCUCUUGGAUUGAACAUAAGCAAGAGCAGCAUGAACAAGCUGGAGCUUAUGAUAGGUAACAACCUGGAUCAAGCAACACUAGACAAUCUUCUUGUUCCAUCUCCAUCGAAAUCGAGUCACUUGUACUAUGUGAAUCUCGUUAUUAGAUUCACGAAAGCUUUCCUCGACGGAGCAAAAGGAGGGUUGCAAUUGAAGAAAGUCUCAAGCUUGAUUGAUCAAUACAUAGCUGAAGUAGCACCUGACCCUUGCUUGAAACCUUCAAAGUUUCUGUCUCUCCUCACACUUGUUCCAGAUUCAGCCAGAGAUUCUCACGAAGAAAUUUAUCGUGCUAUCGAUAUGUAUCUUGAGUUUUUAUGGCUUGUUCAGGCUCACACUGGAUUAACCAAUGGCGAAAAACUCAGCGUGAUACGAACAUUAAGUUACGAGAAGCUUUCAGGAGAAUCAAGAACUAAAAUUUCACGUAACCCGAAGUUUCAGGUGAUUGAGACACCAGAUGAACAACAACAACAACAACAGAAGCAGCUCAUACUCCAAAUGGACAAGGUUGAGAUUUCAGGAGAAAAUGAGAAGCUGAAAGAUCAUAUUGAAGGGAUACAGUGGAGGGUUAUGGAAUUAGAGAGAGCAUGUUUGAAGAUGCAGAAUCAAAUGGAAGUUAUCAAGAGGAGAUCCAAGAACUCAAGUAAAGGAAACAGCAGAUCGCUCCCUAAGCUCUGUUCUUGAUUAGUGAAGCACUGAGAAGCUGUAGCUUACGAUAAUAUUUGUACAUAGAGUGAUAGAGAGCAUAUGGAGUCAAUUAUAGUUGCAGUCUGUUUCUUAUUUCUCAAAGUAUGUAUCUUUUCUUGUGUUGUUUACUGUCACAAAGUUGUGCGUUAAUGAAAAGUAAAGAAAGAUUCGUUUUUCUA